GACGUUGAGCAUGCCAAAGCCGAGACGGCGAGGCUUGAAGCCAAACUGAAAAAAAUGAUGCCCAAACUUGGGGUUUUGAACGAAUACCGUGUCAAAAUGGAGUUGUAUAUGAGCCGCACAAACGAUCUUGAUGCAAUUACUGCCAAGCGUGAUGCAAUCAAACAAGCAUAUGACGACCUGCGUAAGCGAAGGCUUGAGGAAUUUAUGGCUGGCUUUACUAUUAUCUCACAAAAACUGAAAGAGAUGUACCAGAUGAUUACCAUGGGUGGAAAUGCCGAGCUCGAGCUUGUUGACAGCUUGGAUCCGUUUUCAGAAGGUGUAAUUUUUAGUGUCAUGCCGCCUAAAAAAAGCUGGAAAAAUAUUGCAAACCUUUCUGGUGGUGAAAAGACUCUUAGCUCUCUUGCAUUGGUGUUUGCACUUCAUCAUUUUAAACCUACUCCAUUAUAUGUCAUGGACGAAAUUGAUGCUGCUUUGGAUUUUCGAAACGUUUCCAUUGUUGCAAACUAUAUCAAGCAGCGUACAAAAAAUGCCCAGUUUAUCAUUAUUAGUUUGCGUAACAAUAUGUUUGAGCUUGCUGAUCGAUUAGUUGGUGUUUACAAGACAAACGAUGGCUCAAAAAGCGUUACAAUUGAUCCUCGGCGUAUUGCAAUGGAAACUGCUGCACAUUGACAAUAAAUCUAUUUUCCAUUG